AUUUAGAAACAGGUUACGCAGGUCACAUAAACGAAAGUACACUAAACUGAAAUUGUGAACUUUUUACCGUCUUCUUUUUCAGAAAAUAUUAUCCUUACAAAGGAGGAUUAUGUUUAUUUGUGUGACUCUCCUGAUUCUCUACAGCUUUAUGGAAUCUCAAUCAGAGCAAUUAAAGGUGGUUGGUCCAGAUGUUCCUCUUGUUGCUGUAGCUGGUGAAGACCUGGUUCUGCCCUGUUUUAUCAAACCCAGCACCAGUGCUGUGGACAUGAGAGUGGAGUGGUUGAGACCAGAGAGAGGGGUUUUAUUUGUGCAUGUAUAUGAGAAUCAUGAAGACAGAAAUGAAAAGCAGGCUCAGUCUUACAAAGGAAGAACAUCACUGUUCAAAGAGGAGCUGCAGAAAGGCAACGCUUCACUCAAACUCUCAGCUGUCCAAGUCUCUGAUGAAGGAGAAUAUAAGUGUCUUGUUGAGGACAAAUCCUGGUAUGAUGACAUCACUGUUCUUGUAACUGUUGAGGUUCUGGGAAGCCAUCCGGUGAUCACGUUGGAGAGUUAUGAUAACUCAGGUGGGAUUAAUCUAGUGUGUGAGUCCAGAGGUUGGAACCCUGAGCCUGAGGUUCUGUGGCUGGACAGAGAAGGAGCCACUCUGCCUGCUGAAGAUACACAGACACACAGAGACACUGAGGGCUUCAGUGUGAAACGCCGCAUCACUGUUUAUGAUUAUAGUGACUCCAACAGAUUUUAUUGCAGACUUCAGCAAAAACAUCACAUGAUGGAGACAGAGGUUAUCAUUAAUACCUCAGAGCUUGAAAAGGAGAAGCAACGUGCAGAAUUUAUAAAGAAGAAGCUGUUUGCAGUGGAUGUGACUCUGGAUCCUGAUACAGCAAAUCCAUAUCUCAUCCUGUCUGCUGAUGGAAAACAAGUGACACACGGAGACACACGACAGGAUCUCCCUGAUACACCACAGAGGUUUUAUCCAGGUGUUAAUGUUCUGGGAAAGCAGAGUUUCUCCUCAGGGAGAUUUUAUUAUGAGGUGCAGGUCAGCGGGAAAACUAAAUGGACAUUAGGAGUUGCCAGAGAGAGCAUUAACAGGAAGAAAAGGAUUAUGCUGACUCCUCAGGAUGGAUUCUGGACUGUGGCUCUGUGGGAUGAGAAUGAGUACUGGGCUAAUGCUGGUUCCCGUGUCCCCCUCACACUGAGAGAGAAGGUGGAGAAGGUGGGGGUGUUUGUGGGUUAUGAGGAGGGUCUGGUCUCCUUUUAUGAUGUGAAGUCCAGCUCUCAUAUCUACUCUUUCACUGCUCAGUCUUUCACUGAGAAACUCUAUCCAUUCUUCAAUCCUUGUUUAAAUAAAGGAGGUAAAAAUUCAGCACCACUGAUCAUCUCUCCUGUAUUUAACACUGAAUGAAUUUUCACCUCACAGAUUUAAUCAUCUAUUAAAUGGUGAGAAUAAAAAGAAAUAUUUUACUCUUUUGGUGAAUUUUAGAAAUACGUAUUCCCUUUUAAAGUGCUGUACAGUUUAUUUUAAUACCUGGGGUUUGUUUUUAAUUUUAAUCCUACAGUCUGUUUUUACACAUUAUGAUUGUGGAAUUUUAUCAUUACAAAUCAAAUAUUAAUAAAGAUCAUUUACAGUUCACACUGAGUUUUACUGCAGAAUUGAAUCUGAUCAAUAAAAUGGAUUAAGUUCAGCUGCUGAUGUUUGUGUAGAUACAACCGAACAAAACUGUUUCUCCUUCAGACUCCAUCAAACACAAAUACAAUCAAAUUCAGCUUUUAUUUAGAAAUAAAAAUGUCAGGGUUAUUCUGUUC